GAGUAUUAUCUGGAAAAAGUCCGACCUUGCCCCGCCACUCGUGGCAAGGUCCCCCUAUUUAAAACACGCAGGUCGUCUAAUUACUAACUGUGUAUUCCGUUCAAUUCUCAUCGACCGUCUGCAUUAUCGUAAUCAAUGUGAAUUAUUUAGCCUUUAGUUUUCCCACAAAAUAUUUCGCUCGUUUAUCAUUGACCGGCCCUAUGAAUAAAAGAUUAAUUAAUCCCUCUCCCGCGUGCAUGAUCGAUGUAUCUCGCGUCGUCAAAUCAAUUUCGUCGAAUUAAGGCGUGACGAUGAAUUGCCGAUCGCCAAUGUCCGAUCCAUCCGGCAAAUUGCUUUCGCCAAAUGCCUAUAAAUUUCGUACGGGCGUUUCAUUGCCAUUGUCAUCCGAAAGCAUUUCGUUCGAGCGUCAGACGGACAGAGCAGCCGGACGAUUCGCGUGAGGUGCCGUUGAACGUCGAUAAGAAUAACACGAAUGUUUGCCUUGUAAUUACACCGAGACGACGAUCCAUCAGAGGAGGCAGUCACGGAACAUUUCCACCGCGGACAAAUCACGAGCGCGCGCACGCACACGAGCACAAGAGCCUAUGAGCAUCGCAUCGCCCCAAAGUCGAAAGGAUGCUCGCCGCUAUUACACUUCAGUCAGCUGUCGGCUUUCUCGAGGGGUAGUUCCAAGAAGUCUCACGACAUAAUUAGGGGAGCCUCUUCCAUAACAUCAGGCAACGAUAUUGUUCGACGAAACUCGCGAUAAGCGGCUCGUCUCUCGUACAAUAAAGAAUUACCACGUAAUAAAUGAUACUGAUUAAUGUGGGGAUUAACAUUGAUCAGAGAAAAACGGAGAUAUUUUAAUUAUUAAAAUCCCUUAUGGGAUAAACUUUCCGUGCAAAGGCGUAAUAAAAGAUUGUCGAUUCGCGUAAUAGGGAAAGGAGAGAAAAGCGCGAAUGCAAGCGACUAACAUUCUUUCUUCUCCAAAUUUAUCGAACGAAACGAUUUAAUAGGGCGAUCUGCGAUCAAGAGAUAAAAAAUCGUCGAACGAGCGACGAGUCGCGAUGAAUUAAGAGAGAGAACGAUCGUGAAAUGGCGAAUUCUUCGGAACGAGAAAAGAAGAGACCGACCUUCAAUCCGUGGAACGACGCGCAAAUUUUAACGCACGUCACCUCGAACGUCGACCGAGCGUCCGAUAUCGUCCGUAUGAGGAUAGUCAACGCGACCGUGAUACCGUCGCGAACCUACAAUCGCAGUUUCGCGGAUGUCAGGAGUGAGAAUUACUUCCAUUCCGCCGACAAAGCAGCGCUUGAUUAUUUAAAGGAUGGCAACACUCUCCCAUCGUACUCGGUCAACACCGUGCACCUGCAAAAUCCCUACAGGCCGCCCCAACGAUUGGAGGGAUUCGCGUCUCGCGAUCAUGCGAAGGGUGUGUAUCAGUCGCAAGAUUUCACCCUGAGAUCGAGAUACAAGAAUUUAUUAAACAAAAAGGAACCAACCACGAACAAAAACGACGAUCAAGAGAACGAGAAAACUGAAAGAUCAAAGACUGGGAAGAAGCAUCAGGGAUGUACAGAAAUUGGUAACUUGGCUAAACAGUACUGCCGUUACAGCACUCUUCAUGGUUUGCGUUACGUUGGCGACUCGGAACUGUCAAUCGUAGAAAGAAUAUUUUGGAUAAUCUCGUUCACAACCGCACUGACAGUGGCGAUAUAUUAUAUUUGCUAUCUCUAUAAUAAAUGGAACCUAUCUCCCGUCAUUAUUUCUAUGAGUCCCGAUCCGGUUGCCCUUAGUGAAUUUCCAUUUCCCUCCAUAACAAUAUGCAACAUGAAUAAAGUCAAAAAGACGGAGGCAAUGCGGAUCGAGCGUGGGAACGACAACUUGAAUAAACUGUUUAUGGAAGAUAUUUGCAAUUCGGAUAGCAACAUAACUUACGAAAACGAGAAUCAGACUGUAGGGUGGAAGAAACUACAGCAGUUUAUGAUUAACGUGUCCCAGCCUUGCACCGAUAUGCUAUUCUACUGUCUCUGGCACGGGAAUCAGACCGAAUGCGAAAGGAUCUUUAAUCCCACCAUGACCGACGAGGGUAUUUGUUGUAAUUUCAACUCGGUGACCAGAGAACAACUCUUUUACAAUGCACUCGAGUGGCCCGACUUCAAUAUAACGUACCCAUCCCAGAGUAUUGACUGGAAUGCUGAAACGGGCUACAAUGACAGUAUGCCGGCAGAUGUUUUACCGUGGAGACCAUACGGUGCUGGACAGACUUACGGCCUGACUUUGGCUCUCGAUGUCGAUAUAAAUGAAUAUUAUUGUUCAUCGACCGCCGGUGCUGGUUUUAAAAUGCUGCUUCACAGUCCUGUGGAGACACCGAAAAUCGCUGAUUUCGCAUUCUCAAUCACGCCGGGCGAGGAGACUCGGGUGAUCAUAAGGCCGCGGAUAAUGACAGCUAAUUCGAGGAUAUUCCACAUAUCGCAAAAGAAGCGGAAGUGCUUCUUCACGAAAGAAAGAAAACUGCGCUAUUAUCGGACAUAUACGCAAAGGAAUUGCAUUCUGGAAUGCGAGGCAAAUUUCACACAGCAGCUCUGUCACUGCGUGCAGGCGUACAUGCCGAAAUCAAAGAACACACUGAUUUGCGGCAAGAAAGACGAACCGUGCGCUAAAAAUGCUAAACGAGCCAUGGAAGUCAAACUCUACGACGAGGAAUUUCAGGAGACGGUCAAUGUCACGGAGAUACCAAGCUGCAAUUGCUGGCCAGCCUGCUACGAGAUCAAUUAUAGGAUAGAGCUCUCGCAGAACAAACUGACGUCGAGCUUCCAAACUGACAGACGAUUCAUGAAGAAGAACAUGGAGUACUUCAUGGAUAACGUAGCGGUGGUUCAUCUGUUCUUCGUGGACUCCCAAUUCACGAAAUAUGUGAAAAAUGAACUCUUUGGAUUCAUUGAAUUUCUGUCGAGUACGGGAGGCUUGCUGGGUCUCUUCCUGGGUUUCAGUUUUUUGUCAUUUAUGGAAAUAUUAUACUUCUCAACUAUGCGACUGUGGUGUCGUUUGUACCAUCGUCGUGACUUGUUGCGACCCACCGUGCUCCAGACACAUCCAUUAGACGAUAACAAAAAGGUAAUCUAUCCGUUCACGAAUUGA